AUGGCAGGAGGUCCCAAGGGUGGCAUUGACAUAGUUGGAGACGCCAAAGGUGGCGUUGACAUGACUGCCACAAAUGGAGGUGAUGCUGAUGAUUGGUCUUGGACUGCUGCUAAGGAUGGUUUCUAUUCCACUAGAUCGGCAUACGAAGUCAUUUACAAGACAAGACAGGAGAGGCCAGCAUCGGAAGCGAUCAACGACAUCCUCUCGAAGGUCUGGAAAAGCCCAGUUCCGCAUAAAGUUAGGGUCACAGCAUGGCGGACGCUAAGAGAUAGACUUCCCACGUGUGACAAUCUUAGAAGAAGAAAUAUUCUGGUGGACGAAGUGGAUCUCGGCUGUGCAUGCUUUCAUAACGAGGAGACGAUUAACCAUUUUCUUUUACAUUGCCCGAAGACGGAAAAAGUUUGGGACGAUAUUCUUCGCUGGCUUGGUAUGUGUUUUGUGAGACCACCUAACGUGGUGUCACACUUCCUUUCGUUUACUAAUCUGGGAAAUCGGAAAAGGAGUAGAAAAUUCUUACUUGCGCUGUGGUGCUGUGUUAACUGGGUCGUCUGGAGAUGUAGAAAUGUGAGCAGAUUCGAAAACAAAGGAUGGGACAUACACAAAGUGGUUUCGGAGAUUAAGGUGAGGAUGUGGAGUUGGGGUAAGAUUUUCGAUUUUCUUGAUUUAGAUUCGAACUUAGAGGGAUGGUUAGCAGAUGCUUCAUCUCUUGUGACUCUGUAA